AUGCCUGCUGAUCAGGAUUCCCUCUAUGGGAAGCCUCGUGCAAAAAAGAAUAACAAUGAACAAACAGCUUCAAACCUUGCUUUCUCCUCCCAACUCUCCUCGCUGAUCGCCCAAGGAACAAACACUGCAUCCUCACAAGGGCGCCAGCGUCCCUCCAAAGCCCCCAAAUCAGACAUCUUCUCAAAACACAACAAAGGAUCUUUGAAACGUGCUGCAGCCGAUCUUGCAGAUGACAACCGGGCACUCAAACAAGUCCACAGGAGUACCCUGGACAUCGGCUCCGUUGAUACCGCCACGCUGGGCCGGUCCCGCCGUCACAUGGAGGAGAAAGUGCAGAUUUACAAUGACAUGAAGAAAGGACUUCAUCUUGCUGGCGAUAGUGACGAUGAUGAUACUCCGCCUCAUCCAUCCGACCCAGACGCUUACCUGAGGCGACUGCGACGCAAAGAGAGAGAGGGAUUGGUAGAUUUUGAUCUCAAACACGCAAACGAGCAAGAAUCUAAACAGGAGGAAAGUGAUGAUGACAUGGCUUCGGUCAUUUCCUAUGAAGAUGAGUUUGGCCGUUCCCGUCGUGGGACUCGUGCGGAGGCUGCUGAAGCUGCUCGUGCCAAAGAUGAGGAAGCAGGUGGCAAAGCUGCCCAGGAACGCUGGCGCCCUGCUCGUCCCGAAAAUCUAAUCUACGGAGAGGCUGUUCAGACCGAGGCCUUCAACCCCGAUUCCAAGCUGGCGUCGCAGAUGUCCCAUCUUGCUGCUCGUCGCGAUCGCUCGCCCACCCCACCAGAACAAAAGCACUAUGACGCUGAGGAAGAGGUGCGCAAUCGUGGAACUGGAUUUUACAGCUUCUCCACGAACGAAGAGGAGCGCAAAAACCAGAUGGAAGAACUCAAGACUAUGCGGGAGCAGACGAUUUUCAAGCGGACCACCGCUGAGGAACGAAUGGCGAAACGAAAAGCCAACGAACAGUGGAGAUUAAAAGAGAUCCGAAAAGAGUUCGAAGAGUCAAAGGCGAGAUGUGAUGCCGCGGAUCGCGAAAGGGAAAUCAACCCCCCUCCUCCGCCUGACCCAAACGACCUGCCAGACCCGGAACUUCACUUUUUGCCUCUCUAUAUGCAAAAGCCGAGCUACGUGCCUCGGUGGGAGAAAGACCCUUGUCAAUUGUUUAAAGUAGUUCCUUGGAUUCCUGCACCGAAGAAGCCAGCGGCUUGA